AUGAAAACGAAAUAAAAAAAAUCGAUCCCAAAAACUUUGGGUGCCCGAGACUGUCGCACAGAGUCCGACCUUUAACUGCAAAUUUCAUUGUUUAACCCAGCUAAAAGAACAUCCGGCAAGAUGCAGGGCCUUACUAUGGCUAGUUUGAAGAAAAACCCAGCGCUCAUCCCGCUGUACGUCUGUAUCGCGCUGGGAGGUGCCGGCGCCGUGUUCUACACGCUCCGCUUGGCUCUCCGUAGCCCCGAGGUUACCUGGAACCGCAAGUCCAACCCGGAGCCAUGGGAAGAAUACAGGAACAAGCAGCAUAAGUUCUACUCGCCGAUCCGAGACUACUCGACCACCAGCAGCCCGGCCCCCAAGUACACCGACUAAGUUGACGAGCAACACCGUCAGCUCCUAAGGGCCGCCGGCUAGAAUGGGGAAAGCCAGAAACAGUUAUCCUUAGCAACAACAAGAGAUCCGUGGAACCGUUCCCCGCAGUAGUGCCGUUUAAUCCGUCGCGUUAAAACAGCCGCAGCAUUGAUUCGAACAACAGAAUUCGCAUUGGACCCUCUAGCACUGUGCGUUUCGAGAGAACUUAAAUUCGCCCAAGAACAUCGAUUGGCGCUUAUUCUGGUUUGGUUGGCAUGUUCUAAGUUGUAAAUAUGGUCCAAAUCGUAUGGUAACCGGGAUUCGUUAAGCGGCUAAUAAAACCUGCUGUUGGAAACACAA